ACGUCCAGAAGACACUCGUGCGGACAGGACAAAGUUUUCGUGCGAGGAUUUUUUUUUUUUAACCAAAGAUCAACAGCUUCAAUGAUGCAGACGCAUUCAGCGCAGAGCUUUGCAGUAGUUUUGGCACUGCUGCUCACCCCGCUGAAGAGUACGAACGCUGAGACCUUUCAAAGCGCUUUUCCUCAGCCAAACAAACAGAGCCCGAAUGAAUCGGCGACAUGCAUACAGCCCCCCAUUAUUGGAUUAAUUUCUCGCGGUACGGGACCCGUAACCUCAACAUACGAAGUGCCGGAGUCCAGCCAGGAAGCGCUGCACGUCACGGAGCGUCGGUACUUGCGGCUGGACUGGUGUAAGACGCAGCCGCUCAAGCAGACCAUACAGGAGGAGGGCUGCUUGCGCCGCAGCAUCAUCAACAGGUUUUGCUACGGACAGUGCAACUCCUUCUACAUCCCGAGGAACAAGUACGAGGACGGGAACGCCUUUCGCUCCUGCUCGGCCUGCAAACCCAAAACCUUCAGCACUGUCACAUACACCCUCUUGUGUCCGGGACAGACGCCCAGCACGAGGAGGAAACGAAUCCAGCGCGUAAAGCUGUGCCGCUGUACUACUAUUGAUAUGGAUUAGCCACGAACUAAUACAUGCUGGCCAGUAAUAUUGUCUUCUGUGAAAAAUAUAGAAGGGGGAGUACUUAAAAGGCACGUGAGUGGGAACUGAAAAGUAAGGAACAUGCUUGGGAGAGACGUUCAACAGUUCACCACUAAAUCUGCUGACAGACAGAACACAAUGCAAAGUCGAAGAUUCAGGUGUCACGUUCAGAAUAAGGUGAUAGUUUGACCCGCAAUUACAACUUUAGCACAGUGACCAAACAUCUGCUAAUUAUCAGUCACUGCUUGCAGUUUUGUGAGUGAAAUUCGUAGACUUGGACGUGCAGAUAUGAAGGUUUAGGGUGAUGUUGAGAGGCAGGAUGAUUUGCAACAAUCCAUAAUGACACAUUUGUUGCAAACUUGCAAGUCAAGCCAAUGGAUGUGCAAAAACAUAAGAGGACUUCAGAGGUUGCAUUGUUUCCACUGUGUGGGACAUGAAGCUGAAGGUUUUUAGUGACAUACACAUUUAUACCUGCACUGCUAAAAGCCACUUGAUUUUAUGGCUGCGUAUAAUUUGUGUAUCAUCUGUUGUAAUGGCACCUGUAAAUAAAACAGCAUUCGAGCUAUAA